UAAUAAAAGUUGGCGUAGUCUAAACGCCGACCCAGAGACCACUCUUAUACCUUAGCAGUGCGUAUAUAUAUAUAAACGCAGACAAUUAAUACCCGUCGCACAGACCCGCCUAAGAAUCCGAGAGAGAAGAAGAUUUUAACUCAUCGCGAAUAGAGAUAAUGCAGAUCUUCGUCAAAACCCUCACCGGCAAAACUAUAACCCUAGAGGUUGAGAGCAGCGACACCAUCGACAAUGUCAAAGCCAAAAUCCAGGACAAAGAGGGUAUUCCACCUGAUCAACAAAGGCUGAUUUUUGCUGGUAAGCAAUUGGAAGAUGGCCGGACCUUAGCCGAUUACAACAUCCAGAAAGAGUCUACUCUUCAUCUGGUCUUGAGGCUCAGAGGUGGAACUAUGAUCAAGGUCAAGACACUCACUGGAAAAGAAAUCGAGAUUGAUAUCGAACCAACUGAUACUAUUGAUCGGAUCAAGGAACGGGUUGAAGAGAAAGAAGGCAUCCCUCCUGUUCAACAAAGGCUCAUCUAUGCCGGGAAACAGCUUGCUGAUGACAAAACGGCCAAAGAUUACGCGAUAGAGGGUGGCUCUGUUCUUCAUUUGGUUCUUGCUCUUAGGGGUGGUCUUCUCUGAUCUUAUAAAUAAGAUUCAACAAACAUUGUUCCCUCCCUAUUUUCCUCCUAAUGUGGAAUUCAUGACAAAAAUAUGGAUAUGGGAAAUUUGAAUAUUAUGAUGUUUUCUCUGCUUGUGUUUGGAUCAUAUUACUUCUAUUUGGUAGUC